AUGGGUCGUCUCACUUGGGCGAUGACUCUUAUGCCGAUUUCCCUCGUGGGCAACAAGUCUCUGAGCGGCAAUUUGGUGCUGUUGUUUAUAUCUGUAAUUGAGAUAAUGAGACGCGGGGCGUGGGCGGUGCUUCGGCUGGAGAAUGAACACGUCAACAACUCCUCGCGCUUUAGAGCUAUCUUAUGGGUGCCGCCGCUGCACCAAACGCGGCUUGAGGUGCUGGAGGGAGACCCUCUAAUUCAUACAAGUACUCCGCUUCCUGUGUCUAUUCCCAAUGAAGCUUCUGCUUUUAGAGAUCAGCAUGCAGAAGAAGACAGCGCACAGCGGUCUCCUCACUAG